AGAGAAGAAUCUGACUUGCUCACGAUAUAUGUACCCCUUUCCCCUCCGCUAGCGACCUCGGCUCUUCUCCUUCUUCUCUACUCUCUUCUGUUUGUUCAUCAAGAGGAGAGAGCCCAUACUAGAUCGAUGAACUAUUCCAUAUACAGCAGCUUGAGGGUUCUUGAGCUCAAGGCAUUCGUGGACAUGAGAUUCUGGAUGCACUAGGGGGAAUCUGUAAAGUGGAGAAAAGCUUCUUUAGAAGCAAUAAUUCUUGUUUGAAGUUUUCUUUUGUGAAUAAAAAUGGAUGUCAUGAGAACAAAGGUGUUGGAUAGUAUUGAAAUAACUUAUAAAAAUGCCAAGGGAAAUAUAAUGCCUUCUUCUGCUCUUCAUUUCUCUGAUUAUGGCCAUGUAUGCGUAUCUAAUCCUUACAAGUGUGAUAGUUUAAAAUGCUCCAAAGUACUUAAAGCUGGGGAGUCUUCUCCUACUGAAAAGCGUACUGUUAGAAACUAUCGCAACUUUAUGAGAAGUGGCUUGCCUCAUCGGCUUCUGUUUUACAAGAACAAUGAAUGGAUUGAUUUUGCUGCAGAUAUCAUUGAUCUGAUGCAUGAUGACUUCCAAGCAAGGAAGGCUAUUAUAGAAGUUACUUAUAAGAAUCAACAAUUUUUAUUGGACUUUGUGCGUAUGCUACAUAUAGAUACAAAGACAGGUCUUAGCAAGCCACUUGCAUGGAUUGAUGAGCAUGGAAAAUGUUUUUUUCCAGAAAUAUAUUCUGAAUUUUCUGCACCCCAUGGUUAUCUCAGGGGAGAAAAUGUUUGUGCACCUUGUGUACCAAAUGGUAUGCUUGAGCUUGAUUCCCGUUGGGAUACCUUUGCAAGUGCCUCAGAAAACUCAAAUUCAGGAUACCCUCUUCAUAAGGAUAAACAGAUUAUGUGUGGAAAGCUAAUUUUAGAAAAUGAUCCUAUUGCUUUGAUGGGUGAAGUAGUGGGUGAAAAUGAUCUAUCUCUUCCUAUUUCAUCCAAGGUAAUGGAGCAGGAAAUUGCACCUGCAGAAGCUAAUUGUCAACUUGAUUGUGUUUCUGUCCAUAAUUUUUUUUUAUCUGGAAUGUUUCCAUAUGUUGAUGCCAAGGGCAUAGACAGCAUCUCAAGAGCGCCUAUAUUUAAUCGAUCGGGAGAAUUUCUCUCUAGUAGCUUCCUGAAGCAUAUUGAGAUUAAAAAAAAAUUUCGCGGUUUUGCUAACGUGCGUUAUGCAUGGCUGCCUGCCACUAAGUCUACUGCAGAAGACAUGAUGUUGCAUGGAGUUGUGAAGGUUGAGAAGCCCGUGCUUGGUAGCACAUAUGGUCUUGGUGUUCAUCUUGCACCAGUGAACUACCCAAAUAUCUGUGCUACUACCUUGACGGAUGUCGAUGAAAAUGGUCUAUCUUAUAUGAUGCUAUGUCGUGUUAUUAUGGGCAACAUGGAGCUUAUUAAUCCUGGAUCUAAACAGUUUCAGCCUACCAAUGACAAUUUUGACAGUGGAGUAGAUGAUCUUCAAGUUCCAAAGCAUUAUGUUGUGUGGGACAUGAAUGUGCAUACCCAUAUCUGCCCUGAUUAUAUUGUGGCUUUCAGGCUUCCCGCUAAAGCCAGAGAGUUAUUAUUUGGAAAAGAAAGUGCAUCCAAUGAAACUGGAGUCACAUGUGUUGCUUCACCUAUAUCGAAGGUAGGAAGUGAUAUUCCGCUUGGAAUACCAGCUAACCAAUCGCAGGGCAAGGAACAAUCGUGUGGUAGAGUCCCUAAGCCAUCUUCCCCCUGGAUGCCAUUUUCGAUGCUGUUUGCUGCAAUUUCAACCAAAGUUCCUGCUAAAGAUAUGGAUCUUGUCAAUACAUACUAUGAAGAAUUCAAGAAAAGAAAAAUAAAUAGACUCGAUCUUGUUAAGAGAUUGAGGCAUAUCAUUGGGGACAAACUACUGAUAUCUACCAUAACGAGGCUUCAACAUAAGCUUCCUCCAGUGAUGAGGCAAGAGCAGCCAUUGCCAUGUAGCAGGAAGCUUCAGACAAAUCCUUGAGCAAGGGAAAAGAGCUGCACUUUCUGCAAAAAGGUAGGAUAGAUUAAUUGUUAGUUCUUGGGUGGACCAAUACUUGUACUGAAGUUUUUUUUCCCCUAAAUUUCAAUAGAUCUGUCGAAAUGAAUAUACCUUCUUUUGAUCUAAGGUUUGAUUUUUUAUUUGGAUUUUUA